AUGGAGUCACCCCAGGUCGACAUGGCCACCGUCCAAACGCCAGGCACUGCUAAGACCAAGGCCGGCAAGCUGAAGACAUAUGCCAAACAACGCGCCAGCUCGGGCUCCGAGCCAAUGAGAAGCAGCGCGCGCAUCCGCGCAGCCUCCGAGGAGAUUGGAGAGCAGCACACUCCUGCACGACCAGACAUUCCGCAAACAAUCGACGAAACCCCCGUCCAGGCAAAGGCUGCCAGGAAGACUCGCAAGCGCAAGGCCGACGCUGCUGCUCCUGCUGCCGAGGAAGCCAUGGCCGAUGACGCUGCCGCCGCCCUGGAGGAGAUCGCAGAGAAGCCUGCCAAAACCCGCAAGCGCAAGUCAAAGAAGCAGUCUAUCCGGGCCGAAGAGGAGCAGGAGGUUGAGGUGCCAGAGACACAGGAGCCCGACGAGGAUCUUAUCAACCAAGACUCUGGAGAACAGCCUUCAGAGCUCGAGCAACAAGCGUAUGAAGAUGCUGCAGAGGAAGAGCCUGAGGCUGAGGCUGAGGCUGGUGCUCUGGACGCAGAGCCCGAGGAACCCGUGGACAACACUGAAGGCGACAUCAGCCAGUUCGAGGUUCCGCCGGAUUCGNGACAACGACAUGGAGCAAUCUCAACCCUCAUCAGCAAAGCCAAAGACAAAACGCAAGNNCGACAAUCUACCGAAAACGGCGAGUCUCCUGCAACAACAGUCAAACGCGUCAAGCGAUCCUCAAUGCCUCGAGCUUCUGUUGGUGACUACCCUGAGCAAGGCCCAUUCACACCCGUCGAGUGUGAUAUGAUCGAGACUCACAUGUUGAUGUUCUGCCGCGACCUUAACUUGUCGCGCGAUCAACUCAUCGGUCUGAUCCAGUCCUCUUCACGCGACAUGAGCAAAGUCUACGUCGACCUCGCUACCGACGUCCUGCCACACCGCAAUCGUCGCGCCGUGCAACGCCNNUACUGCCGCCGGCACUACAACAACUUCCAACGCGGCCGCUGGACCGAGGAACAAGACGAACUACUGCGCACCGCAUACGCCGAGACUCCCAACAAAUGGGUCAAGAUUGGUGAGCGCGUGGGCCGCAUGCCAGAGGACUGCCGCGACCGCUGGCGCAACCACGUCUCGCUCGACCAGCGUCACACGGACGUCUGGACCCAGGAUGAAGAGCAGAAGCUCGCCAACGCCGUCAGUGAAUGCCUGCGCGCCGUCCAAGCAACCAUGGACACGACUCUCAGCCGUGAGAUCGAAGACGACUACAUUGCCUGGAAUGUGGUCGUGCAGAAGAUGAACGGCAGCCGCAACCGCUUGCAAUGCAGCAUGAAGUGGCGCAAGAUCAAGGCCCGCGUCAUCCGCGAAGAAAACGCACAACGCGAACGCGAAGCCGCCAUUGAGCGCGGCGACAUCAUCCGCGAGCCAGAGGAACUCUACGACGACGGCAUGACCUCCCCUCACACCACCACCCGCUGGAAAGCCGAAGCCGCCCGCCGCUUCGACGAAAUGACCGUCGGCGAUAUGCUCGACGUCACCCGCGAAACCCUCUACGGCGCUCAGAUGGGCGCUUUCUCCUCCAAAAACACCUUCUGGGCCGUGGUCACACGCUUGCACGGCGGUUCUCCCUGGACAACCGCCGACCGCAAGAUCGUGUACAAGCGCAUGCGCGAGAAUGUUGGCGAUGUUCACGACUUCAAGAGCAAUCUCGAGAACCAGGUGGCAUGGCUGGAGAGCCAUUUCGACCCUGAGGCACUGGCCGUGCGCACGGCACCCAGACAUCGCUUGCAGCACAAUGGCAGAAGAAGCACAGGUACCUUCCGCAGCGAAGAAAAGGUGCAAGAGAGUGAUGAAGAGGGAGACUUGACCAUGCCUUCUCUGGGCGUUGAACAGCAGAUCAACGAGGAAAUGGCAGAUGCUGUUUCUCAUGCUGGCGACGAUGCCAAGUUCGGUGCUGACGAGGAGGCGGAGAUGAAUGGAAAUGGUAAUGGUUAUGUUGAUGAGCAGGACCAAGAGCCCGAAGUGCCAGAGUCAGAACAUGAGGAGGCGGAUUAUAACUGA